AAGAUCAUUAGGCAUCAGGAAGUUGGGCUGUUUCAGCUGCUGCCUGAAGGAGGCUAUAAUUGUAGGAUUCUGGAUCCGAGACAUCAUUUUUUAUUUUUUUUAUUUUUCUACACAUCACUAAGUCUUCUCAUAGGAAAGCAAAAAUGCCACAGAAUGUGGUCCUACCAGGACCUGCUCCUUGGGGAUUCAGGUUGACUGGAGGCAUAGAUUUUAAUCAGCCUCUUGUUAUCUCUAGGAUAACACCAGGAAGCAAAUCUUCUGUUGCUAAUUUGUGCCCUGGGGAUGUGAUAAUUGCCAUUGAUGGAUACAGCACUGAUAACAUGACACACGCUGAAGCACAGGAUAGGAUUAAAGCUGCAACGGACCAGCUCUGCCUAAAGAUUGACAGAGUUGAAACUAGGAUGUGGUCUCCGCAAAUGUGUGAAGAUCCAUAUAAAAUAAACCUUGAAUCUGAACCACAGGAUUUGGGAUACUUUGAGCACAAGCAUAAUAUCAGGCCUAAGCCUUUCAUACUUCCAGGCAGGAACAGUGGAAGCAGCACUCCUUCCGGCUUUGAUCCUGGCAGUGGACGCAGCACCCCCUCCACAGUGAGCACUGUUGGCACUAUAGAUCCUGGUGAGCUGAAAGCUGCCUCUAGGAUUGCACCUAACAUUCCUCUGGAAAUGGAGCUUCCGGGUGUGAAGAUUGUCCAUGCACAGUUCAAUACACCAAUGCAACUUUAUUCUGAUGAUAAUGUUAUGGAAAGUCUACAAGGGCAAGUCUCAACCAUCUUGGGGGAGAAACCCAUGAUGAGUGAUCCAAUACCCACCUCUGUGCCACAAUCAGAUGUAUACAGGCUCCUUCAUGACGACACAGAACAUGAAAGUAGACCACGACAGUCUGGUUCCUUCAGGGUGCUGCAAGACAUGGUUGACGAUGACUCUGACCGCCCUGCAGGCAUAAGAAGUGUGAGAGCUCCAGUUUCCAAGCCCAACACAGGAGCACCUAAUGUGCAAAAAGUUCCCAUAUGUGACAGAUGUGGAAAUGGGAUAGUAGGCACUGUGGUAAAAGCUAAGGACAAGUUCCGCCACCCCGACUGCUUUGUCUGUGCAGACUGCAGCCUGAACCUGAAACAGAAAGGAUACUUCUUUGUGGAGGGCCAGUUGUACUGUGAAGCCCAUGCAAGAGCACGUAUGAGACCACCAGAAGGAUAUGAUGCAGUCACAGUCUACCCAAGGGCAUAAAUGGAGCAAACUUCAACAACUUGAGAAUAACAGACCAGUUGAACGAUGCAUAUGCUUUCAUGUGGAAUGAAAAUGGAAGGUUUUCCAACAGCAUGAAAAACUAAAAUAUUACCAAGAAAGUCAGUUCUACAUUACACUGAAAAUAAAUUGACUUUCACCUGAGUUUUCAUCUGGGUACUGGAUGUGAUUUUCCACAGCUUAAUCAAUUGAAAGAAGACAUGACAAAAAAAAGCUUUUUUUUGAAAAAUAGCAUAUAACUUAGAUAAAUUGUUUCACGCACAUGAAAGCACUGCACUUUCACCUUUACGUUUUUACUAUUGCAUCCGCGGAAUGUGCUUUCUACAAUAACAGGCUGCUUUCUAAAGCUAUUACACAGAUGAUAUAAAAAUCACAAUAAUUCAAUGGUUGUUUACUCAGCUUUGUGCAAUGCCGAGCAGCCCGAACAAUACAGCAAAUAACAGAAUGAGACAAUAGGUUUCCUUCAAUUCAAGCGAAACCUGCAUGUCAUAAACCAGUGGUACUAACAUCUAGAGAAGGACACGUAUGAAAAAGAUACAAAUAAAUUAUAAAUUACAACAUUCACCAA